AUGGCUAGCACCCAAGUUAUUCCCCAAGGAGGCACCUGGUUCGAUACUCUCAACAGGGGCUUUUACAACGUACGUAUCACCGACGACAACGCCAUCUCAACCACCGAAUUCCUCGAAGCCGCUGAGUCUCUAACAACGCUCUUUGAUCUUCUGGGAUCUGUCGCUUUUACCCCCGUCAAGAAUGACCUCUUGGGCAAUAUCAAGAAAAUCAGAGAUAGACAACUUGCAGCACCAGCAGAAUCUGAGACUCUCCAAGAGCUGGUGCUCAAUGAACUAAAAGCAAAGAAGAACACCGCCACCGUUGGCCUGCUGUGGCUAGUGCGGGGACUCGACUUCACCGCCCAAGCUCUCCGCCACAACAUCUCGAAUCCCGCAGACGAACUCUCCGCCUCGUUCCGUGUAGCCUACGGUAAGACCCUCAAACCAUAUCACAAUUUCCUCAUAAAACCCAUUUUUACGGCUGCCAUGGGGGCAACCCCUUACCGCAAGGAUUUCUACGCGAAACUGGGUGAUGAUUCCGUCAAGUCCCAGGCUGCUCUGGAGCUGUCUACCACUUCCUUGGAGAAAAUAGUUUCAAUUCUCAAGGAGUUCCUGGAGACACCAGAGGUGAAGAAAGCGGCCUCAUAG